GACAUAUGUCACCUGCAACAAAACAGUCAACCAGACACAGAGAGCUUGAGGAACAAACAAACUCCUGACCAGCCAUUCAGAGGUCUUCAUUUCAGCGUGACGAUGUGUGUGAUAUUUUUAAUGCGGAUUGAGGAAGUAACUUCUCUCUUCACACAACCUUAAGUUGCAUCUUGCACGGAGAAGCUUGUUGAAAUGCUAUCUAGAUGAAGUAAGAAGUUUGGAUACUUUUUACUUUUAUAUUUCAUUUUUGAUUAAAGAGGAAGUUCAAGGGGAAAAUGGAGGCGCACGAAAGUGCCGACUUUAUGAGGCUCAUGUCAGAGGAAAGCACAGUGUCCACCCUGUCUUCAGACUCAUGUGAGUACUAUCAGACUGAGAUAUUUGACCUGCUGCCCAGCAUUCAAGCUUCCCGACCUGAGCAGAACAGACAUGACUUUUCGGAAGAGACCAACCAGGGUGGCCGAGAGGCCGGGGAAAAGAGUGGCCAGCUGUCCAGAGGACCCAGAGACAAAACAUCUAUGCAGCCACUCAGAAACUUGCCCAUGUGUAUUCAGGGAAAGAGGGAUGCCAAGGAAAGGAGGAAGCUUGAAAACAAUGAUAUUAAUUUUUGGGAGUCCUGGAGGAAAACCCAGAGCACCAACAGGAAGAGGGUGAGGGAACAGAUAAAAGAAGCUCUGUCUGGCCUGGUGCCAUGGCGGCAGACCCUCCGGACCAUCGAAGGCAAGUUUGGAGUUGGGGUGAAGUCCUAUUUUGUUUUCCUCAGAUAUCUGAUUUACUUGAACCUGCUACACUGCGUUCUUAUCGGGGGUUUCAUUGUGGGUCCAUCAAUAUUUUAUCGCACUGACGAGUAUGAACCGUUGACAUUUAAAGAAAAUGACUCUGCUUUAGAUUUCUUCUUGGGAACAGGCUACGUGAAUCGUUCCCUUGUCUUCUAUGGCUUUUAUACAAGAGGAUCCCUGGAAUUAAAGUGCUUGAACACACCGUUGCUGUACCUCGCUGGAAUCUUCUCAGUCAUAUUUUUAAGUCUCAUUCUGGUGGUCCGCAGAACAACAGUCGGCUACAAGCACACCUGGAUGCUCGGGAAGCGUUACAGCAUGAAUGUGAGCUAUAAGAUCUUCUGUGGCUGGGACUUCACCAUCCAGGAUCCCACUGCUGCCGCUCUCAAACACGGCUUCAUCAGAAAUGACCUCAAGCUUUUCCUGGAGGAGCAGAGUUUCUCUUUAAGGGCGGCUCAAAGGACACUUGGAGAGAAGGUCCGUCUCUACCUGCUCAGAAUCGUCCUGAACCUGAUUACUUUAUCUCUGCUUGGUGGAGCCUUUUACUUCAUCUACUUUGCCACACAAACAUCUCUGAAAAAGGACAACUCUGGACACCACUGGUUGGUCAGUCUUCUCCUCCAGUAUUUUCCUCCCAUCACCAUCACCUUUGUCAAUCUAGUCCUGCCCCACAUCUUCCGUAAGAUCUCAUCUUUUGAAGACUACUCCUUCACCAUGCAGGUGAAUGUCACGCUUUUGAGGAGCAUCUUCUUAAAGCUGGCCUCCUUGGGGAUCUAUUUAUUUUUUGUCUUCACAACAACAGAGCAAGAUGCCAAGUGCAAGGAGAACCAGUUUGGUAGAGAGAUGUACAAGCUGUCCAUCUUCAACUUCCUUGCAACUUUCUUCAAUGUCUUUUUCUUUAACUACCCCAGGAAGUUGGUACAAGAGACGUAUCCAAGAUCCUUGCUGGCCCGAAUAUCAGGGAAACAGCGCUUCCUGAUACCAUUCAAUGUGCUGGACCUUGUUUACAGUCAGACUGUAUCCUGGGUGGGAGUCUAUUACUGCCCUCUGCUGCCUGUCAUAGGAAUCGUUUCAUUGGUUGUCACGUUCUACGUUAAAAAGUUCAGUGUCAUGCGGUGUUGUGUGCCAGAGCAGCGGAUGUUUCGAGGGUCCAGCUCUUCAGUUUUGUUCCAUUUCAUGUUGCUGCUUGGUCUCUUCAUGUGUGCAGCAACACUGGGCUUCAACCACUAUCCGCUACAAAGAACUGAGGGCAGAAACGCGACCUCCUGCGGUCCAUUUAGAAAUGAACAAACAAUGUUCACUGUGACUGGAGACUGUGUGAAAAGUCUCCCCAGCCCAGCCCAGACCACUAUCCGCUACCUGACUUCUGAGGCCUUCGCCCUACCACUAAUACUAGCAGAGAUCAUAUUCUUAACCUCGUAUGUGUCUCGGAGACGAGCCAAUCAGAGGGCCAUUGAGAGACUGAAAGACAUGCUAGUUAUGGUAAGCACAUGUCCAAAAUCCUUCCAGUCCCUCCACCAUAUUGGCUGUCACUACACACAGCUUAAGGUCACAGGUGGAUCAAGCUCUCUUCGCCCGGUGCUGACGGGUCCUGACCUGGCCUUCAGUGGCCCAAAGGUGAUUUUCCAUUGUGUUGCACCUAACGUCUCCCCACCAGUCAUCUAUGAGCUGAUAAAGGAUGGACAUGGGCGAAUUGGCCGCAAUAGAGAUUUUCAAGGUGGCCAAGUUGCAUCAUUCCCUAUCAAAGUAACUGCAGCGUCAGAAGGGUCAUACCACUGCAGGGCCACAGCUGGAGGAACCAGAGAAAUCAGCAACAGCAUUAAGCUGAGAGUAGUCACUCCACCAUCAUAUACCAGAGUGACCUCUGAACCCUUCCCCCCAGUUGCAUACGAGGGGUCACGCAUGGCUCUGAGCUGUGACGUUGAAAUGGGGUCCAACCUUUCCUACAGCUGGUUUUUUAACAGGAAGGAAAUAUCAUCUUCGACUUCUCUCCCCUUUCACUUUGUGGAAAACAAGCUGCUGGUGGAGAGGGUAACUCCUGAGUAUGCUGGAAAUUAUUCUUGCAGUGCUUGGUCCAGCGUGAAUGAGAUCAAAAGGAUUUCCAGCAGCACAGAGAUCCAGGUGACAAUCAAAGGUUUUUGCAUGAACAUCACAGAAGCUGUCACCAUCGCAUUCUGCUGCUUCCUUCUCCUCAUGCUAGCAGUGGGUUCAGCCUGCGUGUACAAGAUGUUUGAAAACGAGCAAGCUCAUACCAACAGUGUUCCAGCAAAAUCACUGAGGUCACCGUAUGAUGCACAAGACUCCUUCACCUCCUAA